UUUACAUUUGCUUGAGCAGCUUUUCGUGGUGUUUGUUAUGUUGUUCAUAAUCUUGUAAAGAUCAAGGUUUAAGGCAUAAAAUAAGCUGCAAAUUGAUAAAACUUAAAAUAGCUUUAAAAUGAGUAACUUCAAUUUGAAGCACACUAUUACAACUUGUUAAUCACGUCGUAAUACCCUUCUAUCUAUUUGGAGUAGGCUCUGCUCCGCAAUGGUCAGCAUAAAGUGGUUCCCAGCAGCGCUUGGGAGCCUAGCACCAGCUCUCAUACCUCCCGGACACAUAGCCGUGCUAUGGUACUUUUGGGAUUCAUUUAACCUGACUGUCGAUAAGCAAGUAUGUUCGUGUUCCUGUUGGGAUACCGUAUUCAAAGGACCAUAUGAAUCUGGAAUUGCUUCAUACAAACACAUGUACUUUAAUGCCACACAAAACACUACCAAAAUGUGGAUCCUUACAGUUCUGGCUGUAAUUGGACUCUAUGAAUGUAUCAAACAGUUUAUUACCUUGACGAUACAGAACCAAGUGCGUUAUUCAAUGCUGCUGUUGUUUGCGCUUUCGAUAUUCUCACAUUAUUAUGCAUGGUGGAUGUGUAUAAAUUAUUAUAAUGAUGAUUACUAUAGCCAGUGGAAUCACCAAAUGUUUUUUACUAUAACUGAACUCAUUUCAACUGUGAUGAUAGUGCACCUAGCAAACACUCAUCAUUUAGUUACAUCAAAGAAAGUCCUGUGUAUAGUUGGGAUUGCUCUGUUACAUAUAAUAACCAGCAGUUUUGAUCAAUUUAUUACGAAUGUUAUUCGUGGCGAAGGAUUUGCCCAUCAAGUUAUACGAGACAUUGGAUUUAUGAUACCUGAUAUUUUGCAAGUUAUUCUGCCUCUAUGGUUAUUCCAGAAAACACGCAGGGAAUCUUAUCGAUCUCUUUAUUAUGAUCGAAUUUUUCAAAAGGAUAUUAUAGCCAUGUGUAUUAUUGUAUUUCUAUUGUUUAUAUUUUGUUCGAUGCUAUAGUGCUAAUCGAAUGAAAAACUGACCACAAUUUAAUUUAAUUAAUGUGCCUAGGAUUUGAAAUGUGCUUAAACAACAACUUUGGAACAAAAUUACCACCCAUCUUACCCAUCCAUUGUGGGUUUUGUUAUUAUUUUAGUGAAGCUCGAGCAUUAUAACUUAUUAUCGCAUAGCGAAAAAAAACUAAGAAACUUUACAUUGAAAAAUCUUACGACGACAAUACGUAUAAAAAGUUAUUAAUUUUUGUAUUAAAAUCUCUUAGUAUUAAGAUUUUGUACAUAUAAAUGUUUAUAUUUUAUUUUUGAAAUAAAAAAUCAAAAAAGUUGUUAAGAAAAUAACCGA